AUGAAAACUUUGCUGCAUUACUUGUUUCUCUUCUGCUUCAAUAUCCUCCUCCCUACAGUUCACAGCCAGUGUAUUAAAGACCAGCAACAAUCAUUGCUCCAUUUGAAGAAAAGCCUUCAAUUUGAUCAACCUUCAUGCCGAACCCCGCUCAUAUCUUGGAAUUCAAGCACCGACUGUUGUUCUUGGGUUGGUGUUACUUGCACUAGUAAUGGGCAUGUUACUGGUCUUGACCGUAGCAGGAAAACUAUCUCCGGUCCAAUUCUAGGAUCCUUUGCCAACUUUUCAAACCUGAGGCUGUUGGACUUGAGAGGGAACAGCAUCUCCAGUCCAAUUUCAGGAUUCUUUGCCAACUUUUCAAACUUGAGGCUGUUGGACCUGUCAGAAAACAAUAUCCGAGGCAAGAUACACCACUGGAUAUGGAGUUCCAAUCGACUUUAUACCCUAAAUCUUUCUAGUAACUACUUGGUAACACUAGAAGCUCCUUUACUUAAUUCUACAGUGAAAACUGUUGACCUUCAUUUAAACCAACUCCAGGGGCAAAUCCCAACUUCCCUACCAUAUGCCAAGUAUUUGGAUUACUCGAGAAAUAAUUUCAACUCUAUACCAUCAAACAUUGGUAACAAAGGACUAUCGGGGUUUCCUUUGACAGUGGAUAACAAAGCAGGAUUUCCACCACCACCAACAGUAAAUGGAAGGCCUCCAAAUUCUGGACAUCAUCGUGAGGUUAAUUGGGAUCUUAUUAUUGUCGAAAUUGGAUUUACAUUUGGCUUUGGAGUUGCUGUUGGGUCACUUGUGUUGUGCAAGAGAUGGAGUAAGUGGUAUUACAGAGCUAUGUACAACAUCCUUCUCAAGAUAUUCCCUCAGCUGGAACAAAUAAUUGGUAUUCAUCGAAGACAUGUUUACAUAAAUUAA